CUGACAUGACUGUGGUUGUGAUGACUGUUUAGACACGAGACCAAUGGACACACACGUAGUCCGGUUGUUUGAUUAUCUUCCCGGAAACACUCUGGCUUCGCAAACACUGACAGCGGAUGUCUGCUUUGAAGUUGGUCAACAUGCAGGUUGGCUGGACAAAGCUUUGCAGGAUUUUGACACAAGAACCAUUCCACAGCUGCUGGUGAAGUGGAACCUUGAGACUGUGCCCCACCUACUGCACAUGACACAGUCAGUGAAGGACAGGGACAAGAUGGACAUUUUGUCACAAGUUAUCAGUGCCUUCAAUGUGCAAGUUUGGCAACGAGAAACAAAGUUUCAGUCUGGUUGCUAUGGACGAUUUCGGAAAAUUAUGCAUGCAGAUGACCUUCACCCCACAAAAACUCCAGACCACUUCCGGUGUUGAUGUCUACUGUUGAUGCACGUAGCGUUCUUCGACCAUGCCGGCUCUUAAAAAUAACAAUGAUAGUCGAUUUUGCUGUGUACCUCAAUGUACAGUUAAAGCCUACAAAUGUCCAACAUUAUCCUUCAUGGAAUUCCGAAGGAUGAACAAAUGAAGAAGCUUUGGCUUGUAAGAAUUCGGAGACGAAGGGCCACUCUUUCGGGUAAGCAUGAUCGAGGUUUCAAAUUCCCUAUCACUAUUAGUCUUUUUCUUCUUUCGCAACUUCACUUUUUUUUCCAUGCCAUCUGAAUCAUCGUUAAUCUUUCUAAUUGAUUUAAAACUAUGAUUUCAGAAUACCUAUUGUGCUCGUAGUUUAAACUUACAUCAUGUGGGCAUAGCCAUUUCGUAUUACUGAAAACGCAUUACAUUUUAUUAUUAAAGUGCUGUUAUAUUAAAAUGCUGCAGAAAUGUUCAAAAAGGCUGACAUAUAUUACAAGUAUUACAACUUAUUUUGUAGUGAAACCUAUAUCUUUGUUGCUGCUGCACGACUAAUUAAUUUUGAAUCAAUCGCCAUUCCUUUACACUCAUAUCAUACAUAAUUUAAAUAUAAGGAUUAUUAGCUUCACAACAUAACCAACAGUGAUUAAAAGUAAUGAUGUGAAUAUCACUAAAAAACGGCUUAAAGACAAAAUCAUACGUGUGUUUUGGUAAAUGUUUAUGAUAACAUGACUAAGUGUU